AUGGACUCCCCAGCAGACAACGCGCCGCCCGAGCCCGCUCUCGAGCCUCACGACCCGCCCGUCAAUCUGCCGCUGCAGGACCAGCAGCCCGCCGACCCGGGAGACGAAACCGUAGGUCCACCCGUCACCGCCGUGCCCGACCUGUCCGCUGGGCUCAACGGUGCCGCCUUCAACCCGCCCUCGCCCGAGCACCCGCGUCCCUCAACCUCGUACUCUGACACGGGCUUCAAUCGCCCGUACUCUUCCGACCACAACAGCGCUCCUCACGGCUACCACAACUUUUCCACGCCCUCGGACGCCGACACCCCGCCCCGCUACCAGAACAACGGCUCGCGCCCCAUGUCGCGACCGGGCUCCGGCAUGGCCUACAACCAUUCCGACGGCGGCAGCCGUACCUACCAGGAGCAGAACCAGCGCGGCUCGCAGCAGGGCAUGGGCGACAGGCAAAACACGAGCGUGGUCAUCAAGGUCGGCAUGGUGGGCGACGCGCAGAUCGGCAAGACGAGUCUGAUGGUCAAGUACGUGGAGGGCAGCUGGGACGAGGACUACAUUCAAACCUUGGGUGUAAACUUCAUGGAGAAGACCAUCAGCAUCCGCAACACCGAAAUCACCUUCUCGAUAUGGGACCUGGGCGGCCAGCGCGAGUUCGUCAACAUGCUCCCGCUGGUCUGCAACGACGCCGUGGCCAUUCUGUUCAUGUUCGACCUGACGCGCAAGAGCACCCUGAACUCGAUCAAGGAGUGGUAUAGGCAGGGCCGUGGGUUCAACAAAACCGCCAUUCCCUUCCUCGUGGGCACCAAGUACGACCACUUUGUCAAUUUCCCGCGCGAGGAGCAGGAGGAGAUCUCCAAUCAGGCGAAACGGUUUGCAAAAGCAAUGAAGGCCAGCCUGAUCUUCAGUAGCACAAGUCACAGCAUCAAUGUGCAAAAGAUCUUCAAGAUCGUCUUAUCAAAAGCCUUCGACCUGCGGUGCACAAUCCCCGAAAUCGAAAACGUCGGCGAGCCGCUUCUGCUCUACCAGUCCGUCGGCUAA